UGAUUUAAUGUCUUGUUGUGGUUUGUGUUAUUGUAGGUAAACUAGUAAAAAGAAUACAAAUGUUGUGGCAAGAAAAGGAAAUGUGUUCUGUGGUAAUAGCAGUACUGAUGCUGAUCUCCUCAGCAUUUUGUCUUGAGAUAGCUCCUCAGGGUAAAUCAGUUCAGUUUGGUAGACUUCUUAUUGGUUCUAGCAAGACUACAAAUGAAACCAAGGAUGGUGUUGUCAAGAAGGUGUAUGAUGAAUAUGCUGGAGACACCAAUGGCUAUCAAUCUGAUCAGCCUGAUUUGACAGAAGGGUCCCAACUGGCCAAGUUAAUGUUCAGGCGCUGGAGUCCCUCAGUGCAGUGUGACAAGGAUUCAAUGACCCUGCGUAUUCAGGGACGUCGUGUACCCAACUUCUUGGUUGAGACAAGUGAAAAGGGCCCAGUACCACUAUCACUAAUGCCUUCCCACUGUGGCUUUUCUGUGAAGAGGGCCCGCAGAGACGUUGCGCUCGUUGCCAACUAUGAUGGCUGUAAUGUUGCACAGCAGGGGAAUACCUACAUCCUGCCACUGCGUGUUUUGGGAGUUGCGGUGAAGAUGGCCUGUCCCGUGACUCGUCCUCUCACUACAGUCUCCUGUAGUCCUUCAGCUAUGGUUGCCAAUCUUGGCCAGUCUACAGAUGCUGUCAGGCUGAAGGUGAAUGGUGUGUGGCAACCGGUGUACCAAGCUUCCACUACAUGUGGAUUUACCUUGGAAGUUGUGGGAGGUGGACUGACUCUCACUGCACCAUAUACAAGCAACUGCUGGAAGUUUGAGGGUGCCGAGAUGCUUUUGUCUGUGCAAUACAUGGAUGGGGAGGUGACCUUGUCCUGUUCAGCUGUUCAGUCCCCAGCUACAACUGCUUUACCUGCUGACAUGCCCUUCCCAGCUACAUCUCCCCUUUUACAGGCUCCUAUGAGUUAUCCUUUUCAUUAUAGUUAUGGUAGGCCGUGGCAUUUCUUUUAUAGGCAGCCUGGAACUCUCAAAGAAACCCCCACAACUACAGCCCCAGUGACCACAACUGCUACUCCAGCUACCACAAUUGCAUCCUCCAGUGUUGACCAACUAUUUUGGCAUCCUUGGUUACCUGGAAUGUAUAAGCCUAAUACUUAUGGUAUGCCAUGGUACUUCCAUCAUGGUCAGACUGGAACUCCCACAACUACCCCAGCUACUACAAUUGCACCCACCAGUGCUGACCAACCACUUUGGUAUCCUUGGUUACCUGGAAUGUGUAAGUCUAGUGGUUAUGGUAUGCCAUGGUAUUUCCAUCAUGGGCAACCUGGAACUCUGACAGAUGCCCCAGCGACUACUACUGAUGCCACUGUUGCACCCAGCAGUGCUGACCAACCAAUUUUGUAUCCUUGGUUACCUGGAAUGUAUAACCCUUAUGUCCCUAUGGCUUCACCUGGUGUCUCAGCCUCUGGCAGUUGGGUCAAACAGCAGUUCUCAAUGCCAUCCAAGUACCCAGUGCUUUAGGCAUCAAAUCAAACACCAAACUCUCCAGUAGUUAACCCAGCCACAGUUGUAAACAAUCAGCAAGAUGUUCCCAAGGUUAAUCACUUGUUCAUAUUUUCACCUUUCGUGUCUUGGAACUCUGCCACCCAGCCAUUGGGACAGGGUGCCAUGAACUACCAUUUUUAUGCCCAGACAUGUCAAUGGUAUCUUUACUAAUGGUAGAUGGGAACCUAUGCCUAAUCCUGCCCAAUUUUCUCUACUGCGGUUCAAAGAAUGUCCAUCAAUUAACAACUCUUGACUGGUUUACAGUGGUGAUGAAAUAAAAUGUAUAUAAAUCAAA